AUAUACAAAAACGUUUAACUUUUCAAAAUGGCGGUAACUGGAAACUCACCCCGUAAGUCCAAGGCAAAGCAUAUAGAUAAAGAAACGAACGAUGAAGCAGCAAACGACACAGAUAAUGAUAACGAAGAUGACCAGGAACAACACCAUGAAUUUAUAAAGAACAAAUCACAUGCAACAAGAAAAGAAAACGGAGACACUUCCUUGGACCUGUUAGAAGAUGACAUCGUUUCUGCUGAAGAGAGUGUCCAAAAUUUCCUCAUAUCUACCGUAGGUAAAUCAAAUUCAAAAGUUUAUGAUAUUUUAUCAAAACACGGUCAAAAAUUGACCUUUCGUUCACAUGAUUCGAUACUAAAAAGGGACGAAUCGGAGAAUGGUCUUUUUAUUUUGUUGGCCGGAAAGGUUAACGUUUUAACGUCUGAUGGUUCUGAAGUGAUGAACACGCUCGACGCUGGAAACGUUUUUGGAGAAAUUUCGACGUUAUUUGAUAUUCCAGUAACCGCAGCUAUAACAGCAGCUUCAGAUGUAACUCUUGUUAAAUUGUCAAAGCAGAUUACUGUGGAAUUGUUCGAAGAUUUUGUUCAAGAUUUAGAUAUAAUUGAUUGGUUUAUUCAACGGAAGUACUUACCAACAGGAAGUGAUGUUGACAGUAGUAGAGUGUACCGACGUUUAGCUCUAAAGACUUUCAAGUGUAUAAACCUCUUUCAAACUUGGACAGAAGAAAUGAUUAAGAAAUUGAUUCUUUCAUUUGAACACAACAUUGUGAUCCUAUAUCCCAAAGGUUCUAUCAUAGUUUUAGAAAAGGACCCAUUAACAUCAUUAUAUAUUGUCAUUAGUGGUGAAAUUGAAAUUAAACAGGAUUCUAGAAUAAUCAGACAAAUUUAUGUCACUGCUGAGAAAGAUCCUUUUGUUUACACUGAACUCGCCUUAAUGGUAGAUGGAAAGACAUCGCCUGUUACCGUUAAAGCUUCGACCAACUGUCAGGUUAUACAGCUCAAUAAAGAAUUGGUAAUAAAGAUUCUAGAAUGUUUCCCAGAACAUAUGGAGACUUUUUCUGAACAGGCACGAUUAUUUCGCAUUUCAUUCCAGCGUCAAGGACAUAUCUACCUUAUGAACGAAGCCUAUCUUCAAAUUGAGAUGUUGUCUAGUUACCUCAGACAAUCUCCCUUCUACGCUUCAUCAACCGUGCAACAACUGUGGAGGAUAAUUCUCAACGGUGAUCUUCAAGAAUUUGAAGAGGGGUCUGGUGUGGUUCUCGAAGUAGAGUGUGAGAAAUAUGAAUCGAUUCUUGUAGUACAUGGUGAAGUUUUACAAAUACAUAAGUGUGAUUCUACUGAACCUGAUUCUGAUGAUGAUGAUGAAGCUGGGCAGAGUAAUAUUACACACGAUUCUGAUAAAGUCGUUGUAGUGUUGGAGGCUGGAGAGAAAGAUUCGGAGCAAGACGUGAGUAAUGAUAAGCAAACAUUCUCGGCAGGUACAGUUAUUGAUAUGGAAACGAUCACAAAAAUGUCAGAACCUCUAAAAGCAAACACUGCGUGUCUUCUUUUAAAAAUUAGAAAAUGUGAAAAUGUUAACAAAACGGAUGCACACACUGAAAACAAAGUGAACACUGCGGAAAAGGCUAUGUCCGAUGAUGCCUUAAACAUGGUUUAA